GAUACAAGGCAUGAAUUGUUCUCACCAUUGAAUAAAGAAGGGGCAGCUUCCGCUCUAGCAACACCAGGCACUAUGGAAGCGGAGAAUCGGUGCGCAUACAAUGGAGAUGGGCUCGUGGUGGGAAGACACAACACUCAGAUGCCGGCGUCAAGAGUCAUCUUAUGCUGAUGUCCACAAGAAGGUGGUCCUACGAUCGCGCUGUGGUCAUCUGCAUCUACACCUGCCAUCCGUCCGCUAACUUAAGGAAGACUUAGUUCCUCUGAGGGACCAUCUCUGCCUGAUUGAAAGCAGCUUCUCGAAUAUCGGCACUAAAGCAGAACGAAACUCCCCCUUUCCCCCUCCGGUGCACCCUCUUUUCACCUUCCCCGUUGUUCCUACCAGCUCUUUGUGCUUCAGGUGUGCGCCCAGGCCGUGAGUAGUGAUGGGGGACUGGACCCUCCUGGGGAAUUUCCUAGAGGAAGUCCAGGAACACUCCACUUCGGUCGGAAAGAUUUGGCUCACCAUCCUCUUCAUCUUUCGUAUCCUGGUGCUGGGCACAGCGGCAGAGUCCUCGUGGGGGGACGAGCAGAGCGAUUUCCUCUGUGACACCCAGCAACCAGGUUGCACCAAUGUGUGCUACGACAGGGCCUUCCCCAUCGCACACAUCCGCUACUGGGUGCUGCAGAUUGUCUUUGUCUCUACGCCCUCCCUCAUCUACAUGGGCCACGCCAUGCACACAGUGCGCAGGGAGGAGAAGCGGCGAAAGAGGGAGCAGGAGGAGAGAGAGGCAAGAGGUGAAGAGGGAGGAGACCUGGAGGGGGAGAAGGAGUACCUCCAGCAGAAGGAGAGCAGAAAGGAGGUGGUUGCUGACAGGAGUGGCAGAGUUCGCCUAAAAGGGGCGCUGCUGCGGACCUAUGUCCUGAGCAUUUUAAUCCGUACAAUGAUGGAGGUGACCUUCAUUGUGGUGCAGUAUCUUAUCUAUGGGGUGUUCCUCGAUGCGUUGUACCUAUGCAAGGAAUUGCCCUGUCCCAAUCCGGUUAACUGCUACAUGUCACGGCCCACGGAGAAGAAUGUCUUCAUCGUCUUCAUGCUAGUGGUGGCCGGCGUUUCACUGCUGCUCUCUGUGUUGGAGCUCUACCAUCUCGGCUGGAAGAGCAUGAAGAAGUACAUACACAAAAAGAUGAUGCAAAAGAGCAAGCAGAGAGCUGUGACGGUAGCGGUGUCUGCAGCCUUGGAGUCCAACACCUCACCACAACCCUCAGUCUCCUGCACCCCACCUCCUGACUUCAACCAGUGCCUGAGAGCCCCCGCCUCCAUAAACCACAUGACCUCCAUGGCCUCUCAUCCCUUCAACACCAGAAUGGCGCUGCAGCAGAACUCAGCCAAUCUGGCAACUGAGCGACAUCGUAGCUGCGACAACCUGGAAGAUGAUGAAGACUUCCUCAGGAUGAGAUACAACCAGGUACCAACAGACCUGCCCAAUAACUGCUCGCCAUUGCCUCUGCUACACUCAGUGUACUUGAAGGACAAACGGCGCCUGAGCAAGACCAGCGGGACCAGCAGCAGGGCUCGCCAAGAUGACCUGGCAGUAUAAAUUCACAAAGUGUGGUGGAUGAGGAAGAGAGGAAGAAGGGCUGGACCUUCGGAAGUAAUGUGUGUCUGGGAGAUAGAUCUCUGUGAUGGAGGCAUGAGCUGAGGCUAACUAUGAACUGUAGCACCAAGGCCUGGCACUUGAGCACAUGUGAUGAGUGGAUAAUGUGAACUUGACUUGUGUGAGCUUUGUGUCCUAGAGCUCUAAAAAAAAACUGCAAAACAAGCUGUAAAGGAGAAUAAUGAGAACAGAGUAACAGGUUUGACACCUGACUAUUGCACAUUAGGAGUAGAGAGUCCUUUCAUUUUAAACCAGUUAACUACAGAUUAGCUGAUUUUUGUCACACACAAAUGCAAAAAAAAAGAAAAAAAGAUUUGCAAUAAAUA